AUGAAAAGCAAGCAAAUCGUCUCUACCCAAGAGUUGUUGCCGAAUUCAACAUCACCCCAACCAGAACUUGUACUUCACAAUGCAACAACCCAACCACGAAACACAACAACCUCAAACGGAAGCUCCAAACGUGGACCUCGUGUUCGAUUCUUGCCAUCCUCUCGUAUCUCGAGUCAUGAAGUCUCACGUUCCAUCGUUUCAAAUAGUGCGAGUAUCUUCAGAACAACGGAUUAUGAUCCUCCAUUCUCUUCGCCUUUGGAGCCUUCCGAAAGUGGUUUGUUUCCUGUUCCUUUCAUGACUGGUAAUAGCUUUUCAAUGGGAUCAUUGGACAAGAUGCUCUACAUCUUUCAAGGACAAUUAGAGCCUUGUCGUUAUCAAAUUAAUUUCAAAAGAGUAUUACAAUCCUCCUUCUCGCUGAGUGAACCCGUUUCCAUUCAUGUAGAGGCUAUGGAUAUGUCGUUUGAUUUGAAAGCAGAAAUUCAGAAAGAAGAGAAUCAUUGGUCGACCGAGUUUAAUCUAUUCCGAAAUGACAAUGAGAAAAUUCAAAGGAUGGAUUUGAUCAUGGUCAAAAUUUGGGUUUCUAGAUCCGUAUUACAUCAUUCAGAACUAUCCUUUGAUUUGCUUUUAUUCAAAAAGAAAGAAAUUAUUCAGUCCAUUAAAUUGGACAUGUCCAAUCCAACAAGCAAAUCAUUGAAAAUUCCAAAUGUUGGUGCUGGAAUUUAUGAAGUGUUCAUUCGUAGUCAAAAAUCUGAAUCAAAUGCAUCGACACAAAACACUAAGUUGAAUCGAAGUUGUGCCCAGCUUAAUGUCAAAAUCACUGCCUAUGAGCACAAUGAGAUAAAAACCUUACAUUCAUUUGUGAAGACACCUGUGACGAGUGACACCUUGGAGUUCAAUUGGAGAGAUGAAGAUCUUGUUGCUCCUUCAACAGCUCCUACUUGUAUUCACAGAGAAGUUGCAAAAGGAGUGGCUUUCAAGAAUGAAGACUGGUUAUCUAGACGCUUUGUGGUGUAUAGGAGAGCCAAUAACUUGGUAAGCUCACACAUUUCCAUGACUCUCAUGCCAUCCAAGCAAGCAACCAAUUUAGGAGCAUAUCAAGUCAUUGUGUAUCGUGUUAGUAGUGAUACUCCCGUCAUGGAAAUUUCACAACAUGAACUCUCUCGAUUAUGUAGCCAUUUACUCACAAGAAUUUUCUAUGCAUUUCACAUAAAAAAGAAUGCGAAAGAAUUGAAGACCAUCGUUCAUUUGUGUGAAAAGUAUGGACAUGCCAUUGAAAUGUCUUCUCCACUGAGAAAAGUUCAAGCGAUUGCCAACAGCAAACUUUCUCAAAUGAACGAUGAACAAGUCAGAAAGCGAGAGGCCGAGGAGCAAAAGAGUAAGGAAAUUAGUCCAUUGGAACAAGCCACUCUUCAAAUUCUUCAAACCUUGGGCAUGAUUUUCAAAAACAAGCAACCCAUCGUCGAUCUUGAGGAGUUGUUUUCACAACAACAACCAAUUAUGGAAGAGCCUUAUCAAAAAAUUAUCAGAGAUGAAUGUGACAAUGAAGCAAAACAAUGUGGUCCAAUGUCGUAUCUGUUAAAAACUCUCUAUGAAACCAUUCAAAUGGUGAGAGAAGAACUCAAGAAUGAACAACCAACCAAUUCCUUGACUCAGUCACGAAAAGAACUUUUAACAAAGCAAGCAAUUUGGAGAAAAAUUGCAGGAACUUUUUCAAACACGGAUGAAAAAUUACUUUGGCAAGUUCAAAUGGGUCCAGAAGAUGAAGAUUACUUUUUGUUAGAUACUACUGACACGGAGAUUAGUGAAUUCACAGAUGAAAUUAGUGAUAUUGAUGAAGACGAAGACGGCGACAUUGACAUGUAUGAUGACCAACAUUGUGACCUCGCAGCAACCUCCAAUGAGAGCAAACCCAAACUCAUGAAGGAACCAUCCAAAACUCUAUCACGACCUCCCUCAUCGAAAAGUUAUUUGAGUUUUGCAAACCUAAUGGCCUUUGCUGUUUUUACCAAGGACCAAAUGGUUUGUAAACCUGGAGAACAGGAAGUUUUCAGCAAAUUAUCACCUGAACAUUUCCAAGCCAUUUAUAAUACUGCUCGAUUGGUCAUUCUUCAUGGUUUGAAACAUAUUCAAAAGCGUACCAUUUUGAGAAAUAACCUCGAAAUUUCAUUUUCAAGAAAGUUGGCCGAAACUAUUUCAUAUAUUUUGAAUUCUUCUCUAGCAGAGAAGUACAUUCAUCGAGAUGAAUUUUCGAAAGCGAGAAGAAUGUUAUAUGCUCUGCAAGAUGGCCAUGAAGAAAAAUACAAUUCCUUAAUGAAUGAUAACAUGCUAACAAGCACUCAAUCUGAAAGUGACCAAAUGCACAACUGCAAUGAAACUCAAUCGGAAUCCAUCAUCAGUACCACCGUAUCAACCACGCAGUCACAGCCAACUCAAUCUGAAAUUCCAUCCAUUACCAUUUGGUCUGAAGAUCAAGACGAUCACUCGCUACAAGAAGUUACCGUUUACUCAGCUCCGUAUCAAUUUUUUGGCAUGACGAAGGUUUCUGUUCCAGAGAUGAGCAACCCGUCAGAAUUUGUGAACAUCUUUGUCAACCAAGUAGAAGCACUCGAUUCCUAUAUUAAUUCACUCUCUGAUAAUACUACAGAAAUGUGCGACGAAAACAAUCAUAGAAGUAUGGUUUCUGCCUAUAUUCGAAAGUGUAUUCUUCCAAGCUUUAGAGCUCUCUUUCUCGGACCAGAGGAAAAUCCAGAUGACAUUUUCAUCAGUGACACCUUUAAUGUAUUUCAUUAUUUUAUUCAUAUUGUAAGAAGAGCAUCUGUUCCACACAAUGAAACCAUUUCUGUAAUGAUCCAAACCGUCCUUCAGGUUCAACAAGAUAUCAGAAUGGAAGAUUUGUGGCUAGAUGACAAUGAACAUUUAAUGACAACAAGAUUCAAUGCUUUUUGGUGUCACGUCAUCAAUGCCAAAAAGUGUGUCGACGUUUUUGAUGAAAUUUGUAAUCGCAACUAUUAUUCAACCUAUUUCAAGAAUACUCCAAAAUUCAUUCAUGAACAAGUGAAACAAGCAUUACGCAAAUUAUGCUCUCUUCCUCUUCAGUUAAAGAUUGAUCGAUUCCAAAAUGAAUAUAAUCCAUUCAUCAUUGUAGAGGAAGAUGAUUCUGUGACCGUUUCCAAUGAAUGA